AUGAGCACCUUCGAGAAGACUUGGCGUCCUGAAUUCACCAGAAGAUCUUCAGCAACAGACACAUCUUUCUGGACCUCGGCCGCCUAUCAAGAAUUCGAAAAGGAUAUCAGCUUCGACGACCUAUUCUAUAACUUCGAUGCUGCGUACUGCCCUCAAACUUCAGUACCGAAGGACGAGGAUAGCUACAAGGCUUCGUCACCGCUCCCUGAUUAUCGUUCUUUGGCAAACACCAUAAACCUCACGUACGAACCACUGUCACAACCCGGAGAGCACAAUGCCACCAGCUUUCUCGGAGAGGAGAGAUUGUUUGCAACGCUUGUUAGGGCGCCUUGUCAUGCAACCAGCACCGAAAUACCGAAGGCAUCAUUGGCUCCUAGCGCAUCUACGUUGAGUCAAAAUUCGCAGGCAGAGCCCGACUUCCUCGUCUGCGAUGCGUGUAGCACGUGUUUUACUGGUGCAUAUCGCUCGGCCAAUCUGGCGCGCCACAUACGACAGAUGAAUCAUGGUUACCCACGAUCAGAGCGACCAUUUGCACCUUUGAGGGCAGAUAUAAAACACCACUCGCGAGCUUCUUUGUGCGGAAAACAUGAUCUUGAGCCAGACGGUAUACCUCUUCCCGGCCAACAUACCGCCUCAUGCCUGUGUCGAGGCACUGUCUACCCGAUGUUGAUUCACGAAAGCGCUUCAGAUUUAGGUAUGAAAGACAUCCAGUCAGUAUAUGCACUCAAGGAUUCAGAAAAAAAGACUUCUCGCUUCGAUACUGAGGUUCAAAUGUUGCGCAUGCUCGAGUGGUCCAAAACUCCAAUCAGAUCAAUGGGACGACAACGAGAGUGGCGUGUUGAGGAAAAGCAGAACAGUAGUUGUAAUUUUGUCCACCACGGGUACAAGGCUAUACACAAUUGCAAGCCAAUCUGGAGUUGGAUGUUUUUGACCCUAAUCCUUUCAGCGAGCCAGGUUGUGUAUUGUCUUGCACUGAGAAAUUUCGAGAUAUGUCAAGGCGCUAGUACAGGAAGCUGUGGGCCUUCGCUUGAAUCUGAUUUUAUCUUGGACAAGCUGUGGGCACAUAUGAAUAGUUGGUCAUACGAAAUUCGUGGCGCACUUCCAGCCUCACUCUUAGGACACAUGAAGAGUCCUUCGCCAUUUGCCUUUGCCUGCAUCGCUUUCCUAUACUGCACGACGGUCUUCAUACAGCAGCGCAUCAACAUAGCUGAUCGAUAUCAAUACGUGUCUGUCGUAACAGGAGCGAUGAUUGGGUUGGGGCUUCUGGCUUCUUCUGUAGCUAUCAGCGAUGGGCGCCCAAGGACCACAUCUACGUUGGCUUUCAGUGUUUCCGUAUCGAUGCUCUUAGGCGCAUGUGCGGACAGUAUCCGGAGCACAAUUCUGUGCCAUCGCAAGAUGCAUCUACGUUCCGAAACCGACGAAUGGAUGCAGUCGAGUAUGCUCGAGCCAGAGAAAGGCCGAGCCGAGUGA